CCAGCUAGGGAAAGGUUGUGUAAAUGGAUUUUGAAAAUUCCAGGUUACUCUUUCCAGCAUUUAGACGUUAGGAUUUUUUAAAGGAAAGAGCGCCGUUGAGUAAAGCACGGGUUUUGACACCGAUAUUUAUCACUAAUCUGGACUGUGUUAAAUUUUUAUAACACUUUUAGCGUACGUAGAUCAAGUAUAACACCGCAGCCAAUAGCGAAUUCUAAAGAUUCUCUUCAACGGUUCUAGGGAUGAUUGUAGACGGAAUGGUAGAGCCCCACUUGAACUACAUCUACUGGACUGAAAAAGAGUACAACGUCCCUGGACUGUUGCACCUGGAAAAGGGCAGCGCCCUAUCCAGACGGCUCGGAGAUGAAAUAGUGAGCUUCUACUUUGGAAACGGGCCGAUAUCCAGAGACACGCACUUGCGGCAGUUCUACGACAUAACCACCGAUAAUUCGUUCCUCAGGGGCAUUUUCAGUUCGGUCCAGCAUCACCUGCGCACCUCCAACUGCCCCAUCUACAUGUACCGGCUGUCUCUGGACUCAGACCUAUGCUUCUACAAGCGCAUGCUGGGCAUUGAGCUACCGGGCGUUUGUCAUGCUGACGAGAUCGGCUACUUGUUCUCCACCCUACUAACUUCCGCUCCAGAAGCUGGAAGCGUGGAAGAUGUUGCCCAGAGGCGCAUGUGUCGGCUCUGGGCCAACUUCGCCAAGUACUCCAAUCCGACUCCGGUUCUGGAUCCGCUACUGGAAAUCACUUGGCCUCCAGUCGCCGACCAUCAGAACGUGGCCUUUCUGGAUAUUUGCCAGGAACUGAAGGUGGAGUUCGAUCCGGAACCCGAACGCAUGAAGUUUUGGGAGCGGAUUUACUCGGAGGGUUUACUUGUUUCGAAACUAUAAAAGGCAAAUUUGGG